GCUGCUUUUUAUGAACUGUCUCUAAAAAAUUAUAGAAAACACAGUCCAAUAACAGAAAGGAACGAGAGAAAAGUUUGCAAAUAUUUUAGAUUCACGAUCCUUAACCAAAUUCGAUCACUAAUUUAUUUAAAAAACAAUUAGCCUAGUUAUAUUCGAAAAUGGCACUCUCAUUUAUGCUGCGUAAUGCCGGCAAAUUCAAUGUUAUUGGAUUGGCGAAAACCACUGCCCAGCUGUCUAUGCCAUUUAGGUCGUUGACCACAAAGGGUGCAGUUUCUGCUGAAAGUCUGAAGACUUUGGCAUUGAUUAAAAACUCACAGGCAAUGUCAAGGAGCUUUUCUUUAAGUUCUGUUAAAAUGGCAGCAGCCAAGGGAAAUCACACACCAUUGUGGACAGCGGAACGUUUACUCUCCCUUUCUCUUCUGGGUGUAGUGCCGGCUGCCUUUAUUUAUCCCUCGCAAACACUUGAUGCCCUUCUUGCAGUAUCCGUAGUGCUUCACUCCCAUUGGGGUGUGGAAGCCAUGAUUACCGACUACGCACGGCCACGGGUUGUCGGGACUUUGGUAUCAAAAGCUGCUCAUGGUGCCCUAAUUUUGUUAUCUAUAGCUACCCUUGGUGGACUUUUCUACAUCAUUCAAAACGAUGUGGGAAUUGCAAAUUCUAUUAAGCAGUUGUGGAAAAUUAAUGGUUCUGGAUCUAAACCAAUUGCGGAAGAUGCAAGUAAUAAGUAAUUGUUGAUGUAUUUUUUAAUUAAUUUGCGUCAAAAUAAUGGCAGGCUUUAGAAGAUUGCACCAAUCAAUGAAAAGCAUUUCUGCGAAAGAAUAAAGCGUUUUAUUUGCAAUAAACAUAAUUAUUAAUGAAAAGGGGAAUUCUCAAUUGGUUUGUAAAAACUUGUUACACUUCGAAAGAUAUCGAUCUUGAGUUUUAAAUACUAUGUAAUAUUAUUUGUUAAAAUAAUAUAAUAUUGGACAAUUCUAAGUUA